AUGCAGCUUUCGAGCCUACCUUUACGCAUCCGUCCCUCUCACCUCUUUCGCCCAUUCCAUAGCUCCGUUGCGGCAGCCAAGACUCCCGAUGUCUUUGCCAACAGCCUCCGAAAGACCCUAGAGGCCCAUCGGUCCACAAAUCGGACUCGUUUGAUCCGCAAAAUUUACCCCAUUGAAGAUCCCCCGGGACUCUGGCGGCCUGAUAUCCCACCUGAGAAUCGCGCCGGUUACCAACCACCUGCGGAACCAGUCCUACCGAACUCGGAAUAUUCCCCUGAUACUCCUGAUCCGGUAUCUAGAAAACGCCAGAAAAAACGCAAAAGUCAUGUGGAUAUAUCAUCUCACCAAUCACUCAAUAAUCAAUAUGGAGAAGAUGCGAUUCAACCUGCAGGAACAGGUCGUCCGGCACAGAGUCCAUGGCUGAGAAAUUUGGAGCUGCCUCGCGCCAAUGCCGACAUCACUCUGGAUGCAGAAAUUCGAGCAUUGGAUCAAUACCUGACCCCAAGAGCUCAGGAACAAGCCCGCAUAGAGAAGCUUAGGAUGGAAGUAGCCUCACUUCUCAAAACAGUGGUCCCACAUGCUCCAAGAGUCAUUGGAUCGCAUUGCACGGGCCUUGUACUGGCACACUCGGAUCUUGACUUUAUACUACCAUAUGAAGACCUUCCUAGAUCACUAGAACGUGAUCGAAGACCAAGCCCCACGCGGCCUCAGAUCCAAGAUGCCCACAUCCGCCUUCUGCGUCAAGUCCAAAGAGCUCUACAGCACACCGAUACAUUCAGCGACCAUGUCAAACUAUCUGACAAGCGAAACCCUUCACUAUCCGCUCGCCACCGGCCGACUGGACUGUUGCUACAAUUCUAUUGUGGCGAGGGUAUCCCUGCCAUCACGGAGUAUCUGCAAGAUUAUCAGGCCGAAUAUCCUGCCCUACGACCUCUGUACGCAGUAACACGCACAUUGCUAGAGGCACGUGGUCUUUUUGGCUCACCGCAGGCGAGCAUUGGACCUGAUGCGCUAGCCAUGCUCAUCGUGGCAUUUUUGAAGAUGAACCAUGGCCGGUUUCCCGGGCCUAAUAACUUGGGCGAACAGUUCCUUGCUCUUCUGCAGUUCUAUGGCACUCAAGUUGACCUCCAGUCUGUCGGCGUCGCCGUGGAUCCUCCCGGACUUUUCAGCGCAGACAUGUUACCUGUAGCUUCCAACGCUGAUGAACCUGCCCAUCAGCGCGGCCAGCGUUCUCUGAUCAGCGCCAAGCGGACCGCUGCGGCGAAGCGAAAUUUUCUUGUUGCGCAACGAUUAUGCAUACAAGACCCUACUCAUUACAUGAAUGAUCUAGGCCGGUCGUGUACUCGGACUUCUGAGUUGCAGAGUGCAUUUGCAGCUGCGCAUCAGCAGCUUUGUCACUCGUGUGAUGAAUGGGCAAACGACAGCAACAUCAAGACCCCAAGUGUCCUUGCCACUACUCUACAGGCUAAUUUUGAUACCCUAGAGAAGGUGCGCAAUCAACUCGCGUACCUCUAG